CAUUUCGGGAAGGGAUGUUGCAGAAAGCAAAGUUCUACAGAUUAUAAUGCUGCAGGGAGAAAACUUGAGAGGGGAACAAGUCGCUUUGCCACAGACUUCACACAGGAAAUCUGAGAUUCAGAGCAACUUAUAUUUUGGCUUGUAAUCGUCGAUCAUGGGGUGAUCCAGAAAUAAACUCCGCACUUCAAAGAGGGAGAGAGUUCAGAGCUGCUCUGCAGUUUAUCAACACACAGAGAUGGGAGAGAGAUGCACCCGAAAGGGGAUUUUCUGAAUUAAGAGUUCACCAAGCAAAAUUACUUCGGGGUAAACUUUGUUAGCUACAGAAGCUAUAAGGAUUCGGGUGGCUGGAAACUUACAGAUCUUACAACAGGCAAUUGUGGUCAACAAACCAGAAGAUUCCCACUGUACAAAAGCAGCUGGUGUUUGGAGCCAUCUCUUCCCGACUUAACAGGGAAGCGGAAGAUGGCGACACAGGUCACGGUGGCCAGGAAUUCGCAGACGGGAGCUAUAGGACAUGAGGACUACAGCCUCUAUAGCAGUAUGAGUGAAGAUGAGCUCAUUCAGUUAGCUAUCGAGCAAAGCCUGACGGAAGACCCUGCAGAGCAAACAGCUACACAGAAGACAACCAUGCCGACCCACAACGACCCUUACUGUCAGAAUUUCUACCUUUACCCUUGGCAAAGGCGAUCAGCACAGAACCAAGCGGCCAGUUCAGGGGUCAGACGGAGGUACGAUGGCAGCCUGUUCAAAACAUCCCAGCCAGAAGUGCUGGAUCCUGUGGUGUCAGCAAUCCAGAAAGGAGAUGAAAACGCACUUCUUAAAAUGAUGCAGUCAGGAAAAAACCUUGCACAGCCUAACAAAGAUGGAUGGUUGCCCCUCCACGAAGCUGCUUACUAUGGACAAGAGCGCUGCUUGAAGCUGCUGUAUAAAUCUUAUCCUGGGUUACUUGAUCAGCGUACGCUUCAGGAGGAAACAGCACUCUACUUAGCAACAAAUAGAGGGAAUCUCGAGUGUGUGCGUUUAUUGCUGCAGGCUGGAGCAGAACCUGACAUUGCAAACAAAGCUAGGGAGACCCCACUUUAUAAAGCCUGUGAACGCAGAAAUGCCGAAGCUGUACAGGUGUUAUUGGAGUACAAUGCUGACGCAAAUCAUCGCUGCAAUCGGGGGUGGACUGCCCUCCAUGAAGCUGUCGCUCGGAAUGACUUGGAAAUAAUAGACCUUUUGGUCAAAGGAGGUGCCAAGGUCGAAAGCACAAAUUCCUACGGGCUCACUUCCUUUUUCGUGGCAGCUGAGAGUGGCCACUUAGAAGCCUUGCGAUACCUUGCCAAGUGUGGUGCUGACAUCAAUACCCAAGCCAGUGACAAAGCGUCUGCCCUUUUUGAAGCUUGUAAAAAUGGACAUGAGGAGAUUGUGGAGUUUCUCUUGUCCCAAGGAGCUGAUGCUAAUAAAACCAACAAGAAUGGCCUCUUGCCUAUUCACGUGGCCUCCAAAAGAGGCUAUUAUGAGAUUGUGAAAAUGCUGCUCCCGGUCACCAGCCGCACUAGAACCAAACGCAGUGGCAUCAGCCCUCUGCAUUUGGCAGCUGAAUGCAACCGCGACGAUGUCUUGGAAGAGCUGGUUGAGGCUGGCUUUGACGUGAAUUUCACUCUCUCUCCUGAGCGCUCGCGGCUCUACGAGGACAGGCGCACCACUGUCCUCUACUUUUCAGUUUUUAACAACAACAUUGAAGCUGCUCAGCUGCUGCUUGAGGCUGGGGCCAAUCCCAACGUUGACCUCAUCAACCCCCUGCUCAUCUCCAUCCGCCAUGGCUGCUUGAAGAUGAUAAAGCUGCUUAUUGACUAUGGAGCCAAUAUUGAUGCCUAUGUCGCUUCCCAUCCAACGACCUUCCCUGCUACCAUCAUGUUCUCGAUGAAGUAUCUUGCUCUGCUGAAAUUUCUGAUGGAUCUAGGUUGCGAUGCCAUCUCCUGCUUUAAAUGUCAGUAUGGGUGUGGCCCACAUCCUCCCAUUGAAGCUAAGAGCGACAGGUAUCAUGAUCCCCAGGUGAAUAAAGAGCAGAGCGUUGUACAGUUUUGUGAAAUGGUAUCAACUCCAGAGAUGAGUCGUUGGGCUGGGCCUAUUAUCGAUGUUCUUCUGGAUUAUGUGGGCAAUGUGCAACUUUGUUCCCGGCUCAAGGAGCACAUUGACAGUUAUGAAGACUGGGCUAACAUUAAAUACAAAGCAGAGCCACCAAGGCCACUUGCUCACCUCUGCCGGAUCAAAAUUCGAAGUCUGAUUGGGAAGAGCCGUAUUGCUCUUAUUGACACCUUGCCUCUUCCAGGGAGACUGAUGCGCUAUUUACAAUAUGAUUAUACUCGCUGACCUAAGGUGAACUUGGCAGUCAAUCAUUUCCUAGAGUGACAGCCACAAGAUGGAGACAGACUGAGAUAAUGGAAGAAAAGGCCAGCUUUGCUAUGUAAGAAGGAAAAGGAUACCUGAAAAGCAGAAUUGCAGAAAAGGCAAAUCCAACAGUAUUUAGAAGACCGGCAAACCUCCUCUGAUACAGUGGAGACUAACAAUCCCAAUCGCAAUAAGAUAACUCAGAAACAGUAUUUAGAGUAUAGGAAAUAAGUGAAGUUGGGAUAAAAGACUCUGGUAGCACAUGGCAAGAAAGUACUAUGCUAUUUUGUAGAGAGAAACAUUAAAAUUUCUAAACACCUCAGUAUCACAUGUAAGGAGAAUAUGAAAGAGUUCACAAGACACAAGCAAUCUCUAAGUAUGCUGUCACACAGACAAAUGUAAUGUAUAAACCAGAUGAUCCCACACAAUUUUAAUAAAUGUAGGGACCCAGGUGGCGCUGUGGUUAAACCACCGAGUCUAGGGCUUGCUGAUCAGAAGGUUGGCGGUUCGAAUCCCUGUGACGGGGUGAGCUCCCGUUGCUUGGUCCCAGCUCCUGCCAACCUAGCAGUUCGAAAGCACAUAAAAAUGCAAGUAGAUUAAUAGGAACCGCUACAGCGGGAAGGUAAACGGCGUUUCCAUGUGCUGCUCUGGUUUGCCAGAAGCGGCUUUGUCAUGCUGGCCACAUGACCUGGAAGCUAUACGCCGGCUCCCUCGGCCAAUAAUGCGAGAUGAGCGCGCAACCCCAGAGUCGGUCACGACUGGACCUAAUGGUCAGGGGUCCCUUUACCUUUACCUUUAGUGGCAUUUUAUUUUGUUUUUGCACCUGUGGCAAUCACAUGAAUUAUUGUCAACUAUAUUCAUCAUCUGCCAGUUCACACAUUGUAUUUGUCUGCAUAACUGGUUGCACACCAGAAGCAAUCAGGAUUGCUCACAUGGACAGCAAAUGUAUUUUUGGAAUGGUCCUAUACUCAAAAGCAUCUCAAUCUAAUGCAAAGAUCUAAAAUGCCCCAGGAAUGGUUACAUUUCAGUAUGUUUCAAUUCAUUGGUUGAGCUGCAGUUUAGUUUAGUUUGCAGGAUUGAUCAAACCAUCUGGCUGCUAUUUCUGUCUCAUUUUUGUCUAGUUUAGUUGGUCUUUCUGUAUAUAUAGUUGACUUUUUCCCUUAGUGAUAAAAGUCUUUGACAAUAUUUUUGUUCCCACGUUAGUCACUUAAUAAAUACUGAAUCUAGUAAAAAAAAUUGUGACCCCCAAUUAAAAUUAAACAAAGACUUAACAAAGUGUGUGAGCUGAAGGAUUUAACCCACAAUAAUUAUGUGUAUUAUAUUAAAUAGGCAAAGGAAUGAGGUGGAAUUCUGUUUUAGUUUAUUAUACUACAUCAGCCUUCAAUUCUUAUGUCAUUGAACCAAUGGUAUUUAACCCUUCUGUUAUAGCAGUAAUGAAGGAAAGAGGUGAUUCAGCACUUGCAUUGCUUUGGAAAGAAGAAAAUGAUUGAUGUAUUGUUGCUGGAAAGCACUGACCGUUAUUUGCAGGGCUUCAGAAAAACACUGAAUCAGCUUCAGAUCAAAUACUCUGGCAUAACUUGGGUUGUGAUUUGGAAACUCAGAUGCUUAGCUAGAGCAACAAUCCAAGCAAAAUAUUUUUAGCAGAGAAUGACUAUGAAGCAGUAACUAAGUUUGUUGUUAAACCUUAGAACAAUUCCUUCAAAGUGGAACCAUGACUUCACUGAGAUGCAUUUAAAUGAGCUAAAUAGGCCAUUGUGAGGCAAAUUGUCCACCCACUUUCACUGAUGCCUGUGAUUAUCUUCCAUUGGCAUUCUCUUCAUGUUGAACUCUUUCAUGAAGAAGUGUCAAGGUUUUAACCCUUCCUUUACCAACCCUUCCCUUACCAACACAUACCAGUGAAUAGAUCUCUCAGGUAAAUACUAUUUGUCCUCCACUCAUUGUAGUUCUCUUUUAGAGCCGUUAGUCAUUGUUUGAGAAGAGUGACAACAGGAAUAACCCUAGUGACUCUGAAGCUGAGACACCACAGCAGAAUCAAGCACACCAUUACAUACAUCUCAAAAGAGCUUGGUGGAGAUGUCCAAAAUAGAAUGAAUGACACUUUGCAGAGAGAAUGGUAUCAGAUUUUCACAUUUGAAAGCAGGGGUAGGGUGUAAUAAGGAACUCAUAGCCCAGGUUUGACUACUGAGUAAAAACAACAACAACACACACACACAAUUCCCAUGUUCAGUAUAGUAACAAGGCUUCAGUUUUGUUUAUAGCUUGAAAUGUUCUAACUGGUUGUGGAUGGAACAACAGUACUAAUUCUUGAACUAACAGUCUAGUGUUUAUAACAUAUAGGAGUGUGGUCAGCUCCUUAUUUUAUUUUAUUUUAUUUUAAAAAAGAAACUCUUUUAUCCAAGAUAUUGAAGAAAAAGAAGCAGAGACAAUACCCUCCCGGUUUUUCUCCCAUCAUAAAUGAAUACGUAGCCUGGAGAUCUGACUUCCCCAUUCACAUGCACAUAUAUUAUAGGAACAACCCAAGUUGAGCCGACUGGAUCCAUAGUGCAAAAGGUUAGCACAAACCUCAGGAGAGAAAGGUGUCACUAGCUAUGCGCAAAAAUUGGGGUGGGAGGUGGGGAAUAGUUUGCUUAAAAGCUCCCCUGACAAUUGUACUUUCACUUGAUUCUUUUCGCCAUCUUUUUUACAUGGUUGGUUUACAUUUAUUUGCACAUAGUGCAUGCAUGCUACCUCUCCAACUCCACACACACACACACCAAUCUAGCAACAGAGAACCAUUUACAGAAAGGUUUUCAUGCACAGGUUAGCUGAACUGGAGUUGAAAAAGGCUACUGGAUGAGGACAAGACUGUUUGAAAACUGGGUUAAUGAUGAAUGCAAAUCGGCACAAGUUAACCCACUUAAAUCCUCCUGCAGCAGGCUGUGCUGGGGAAACACAGGCCCAGUUGUGGGUACAUGUCUUUCUGCUUCACCAAUGAAUUCCUGGAUCUGGGAAACUGAAUUUUCACAACACACAUUUCACAGUUAUACCAAAUUUGUACAAACUCAACUGCCUUUUAUAAAAGUCAAUGGAGAUGUAUAGAAAUGGUUGUAAAUUUGAAAGGUAAAAUAUUUACUACUUUAUAUAACAAGUCCUGCAAUUCCAGGAUAUAGAAUGGUAGAAUGCAUUAACAGAUGGUCAAAAAAUCCUGCCGGUAGUCAACAUAUAUAUUUAACAUUCAAGGAAUAGCCUAACAUUCUAGCAUUCUGUGACCUGAUUGAUGUAUUAUUUCCAUAGGCAUGUGUGCAAUUAUUGUGUCACAAUGGACUUUUGAAGCCUUCAGUUUUGUUACUAUAGCUUUUUUAAACUGUGGGGUUUGGUCGGGAGGGAUGGGUGUGUGCAGUAUUGAUAAAAGUGUUACAUUUUUAGGUUUUAUUGCUUGCAUUAAAUAUGAGUAAAAGUA